AGUCUAAUAUUCGCGUUACGUCAUCGACGUGUGAAGGUGUGUUUCACACGUAAUUUUGAGCGGUAAUGUAUCAUUUGUACAUGAAAAACAGCCACUUCUCAAACAGAAGUGACAUAAUCCAAGUUGUCAAUUUACUUUGAUCUAAAAUUCAUUACUUUGUAACCUUAUUGUUGUUAUUCUCAACGACGUUUGUACAUCAUAAAAUGUCGAGUGAAAAUUCAGACUAGGUGGUUUCAAGCAAUAAAUAGACACAGUUUUUGGAACUUCUGGUCUCCUCGUGUUUCGCACUUGUUUUUAGUUAUUGGUAUGAAUACAUAGAAAUAUCACAAAAGUGUAAAACGAUUUAUUUAUAAUUAGGGUGAUUAUUGUAAAGGGAUUAGCAAUUAAUUAUCCAGCAAAUUUGCUUCUAUGGAUUGUCGGCAUCAGGCAAUCUAUGUCUUAUAUUUGUCAUGAACUUAAAGUCUGAACGGAUGUGUUGGCAUGUUAUCAUAACUACCUUAGUACGACGAGAUGAAAUAAAAAGAGAUCAAUAAUAAACGAAAUCGAGACUAAGUAGUAGUGUUGUUAGUGGAGUGAAAUAAACAUCGAGAGUACUCAACAACAAAAAAACGGUGGAAACAUGUAAUAAAGACUACUGGGGUUCAACAGAUUACUUAGCUGCAUAUAGUAAGGCGAGUUUAAUGUGCAUUGAUUUGUGCCAUCUCACUUCACGCGCACAAAACGUACGCCUUAUAAUUAUAGUUGAAAGUCGACUCACCAGUUAUUAUGGAUUUUCGACUUUGUUAAGCAUCGAAAAGUCAGGAAGACAAUAAUUGGAGCAACAUUAUGAGCAAAAUCAAGAAAGACGGAUUUGUAAAAGCCAAAAGUCCAGGAAAUACAUUCACUAGCUUGUACUCAAUAGUACGUAGUUUUAUAAACGACAUAGUUUGUUUGAUAAUAAGAUGUAAUAUAUCGCAGCAUCAUGUAGCUCUACCAUCAUACAAGUUAUUAUAGCAACCGAACUACUAAUUCGUUAUUCCAACCACUGUAAAGAUCCUAAUCAAGUCCCAACCUGACCGAAUCUCACGUUAUGGUGAAGGAACCUGAUAUACGGCAAAUACGGUUACAGUAUCGUCGUAAACAUGUAAAUUAUGUUUUCUCACAUAUGCUUUCAUUUCAGGUCUUGGCUUAAGCAUAUCUUGAAAUACCAGCCUAAAUUUGUUGUGUUAAUGUUUCUCUUUACUUAGCUAUUCGCCGAUUAAGAAUGCAUCCUUUUAUCGUACUUAAAAAAGUUAUUUCGGGCUGUUUUCUUAAAACCCUGUCUCUGUAUGCAUCCGUAUCUAUAUCUGUGGGUUUGACGCCUCAUAAAGUUUCUUUAUCCCUUUGGUUAUAGAACUUUCUGUUGGGUCGUAUAUUGUCAGCUAGUCAUUUUAUGUGGAUGUUGUAAAGAAAACGUUUCUAAUGUUUUUGUGCGGUAUUAAACAUUUUAUUUAUUUAUUUAUUUAAAAGGCUGGUUCAAGGAGUAUGGCUAGUGAUCAAAUAUGCUAUACUUUAGUCGGUUUGUCAUCUGAAGCGAAAACAUAUACUGAGCAAAAACUCAAAGACGAUUUGCAGAACAGCAAUGAUAAUGUGAAAAGAGAGGCACUUAAGGAACUUAUUCGGCUAAUAAUUAAUGGCGAGAAGUUUCCCAAUUUAUUGAUGACUGUGAUUCGCUUUGUUAUGCCGUCACAGGAUCACAUGAUUAAAAAGCUGUUGCUUCUAUUCUGGGAAGUUGUGCCUAAGUACAGUUCAGAUGGAAAACUUCUACAUGAAAUGAUACUAGUGUGUGAUGCUUAUCGCAAAGAUUUACAACAUCCUAAUGAAUUCAUCCGUGGGUCAACUUUACGAUUUCUGUGUAAAUUAAAAGAACCUGAAUUGCUAGAGCCUAUUAUGCCAUCUAUUCAACAGUGUCUGGAACAUCGACAUGCAUAUGUUCGACGAAAUGCAGUGCUGGCAAUUUUCACGAUAUACAAAAACUUUGAAUCGCUUAUUCCGGAUGCUCCUGAAAAAAUUCUAAGAUUCCUCGAACAAGAGCAAGAUUCUUCUUGCAAAAGGAAUGCUUUUAUGAUGUUACUUCAUGUCAGUCAGAGUACUGCUCUUGAUUACCUUACUUCUUGUUUGGAUGAAGUACAAAACUUCGGUGACAUUCUUCAGCUCAUAAUUGUAGAGUUAAUCUACAAAGUAUGUCUUGCUAAACCUUCUGAAAGGCUACGGUUUAUUCGUUGUAUUUACAGCUUAUUACAAUCUAGUAGUGCUGCUGUGCGCUAUGAAGCUGCAGGAACGCUGACAACACUAAGUUCCGCCCCGAGUGCCAUUAAGGCAGCCGCAAGUUGUUACAUUAACUUAAUCCUGAAAGAAAGUGAUAACAAUGUAAAACUAAUUGUAUUGUCACGUCUCACUGAUUUACGUCAGUAUCAUGAGCGUAUUCUACAAGACCUAAUUAUGGAUAUCGUGCAGAUCAUAAAUGCAUCUGACAUGGAAGUUCGUCAGAAAACACUUAAUUUAACGAUGGAUCUAGUGACAGCUCGUACAGCGGAAGAAUUGAUUAAGAUAUUUCGCAAAGAACUUAUCAAAGCUUGCAGCACGAAUACCCGACCUUCAGCUUCAGCUAGUGAUGGAGAAAAGUCUUCUGCAGAUGAUCACAAUUCUGACGAAUCCGUUUACCGUUUUUCACUAGUGCACACUAUAUAUGAUAUUUGCUUACGGUUUCCAGAAGUAUUACCAAGCAUUGUACCGACAGUUUGUGAAAUUUUGACCUACGAAGAAAUUGGCGAUACACGAGCUGCGAAUGAGGCUUGCAAAUUUUUACGUGAAAUUUUGGAGCGAUUUCCUCAAAGAAAGGCUGACAUUUUGGAAAAAUUGAUGCAAAUUUUUCCAUCGAUUAUCGGCCGUGAAACUCUUCGAUAUUUAGUGUGGAUUUUUGGUGAAUAUUGUACAACUUAUGAAGAAAUUAACUCCUUUAUGACUCUUAUUCGCCAGGUUAUUGGCGAGCUACCACUUGUUGAUGAGGAGUUACGCAGACAAGCCAGUCAAAUGAACUCAGUGGAUUCGUAUGCUGAAAACCAAAGUCAGCCGUCCGUACUAAUUUCAGGUGAUGUAAAUGUUGGUGUCAGUCCAGCACAACGUGUUACUGCAGAUGGGACAUACGCAACUCAGUCUGCUUUUACUCUUCGUUCAAAUAAAGAUUCUAGCUCAGUGAAUGCAAUCAAACGACCUGUCCUACAAGCAGCUCUAUUCGAAUCACAUUAUAUGCCUGGAGUUGUAUUAUCUGCCUGUUUAGUGAAAUUAUUUUAUCGAUAUUCAUUGCUUCUUAAACAAGAACAAAUAAAAACUGUUAAUGAUGAAUGCACAAACACUAAAAUAAUUUCAAAAGAAAAUUCAUUCGCUGCUGAAUGCAUGCUUAUCAUUGCGAGUAUGAUACAUUUGGCUACUAGUCAACUACUGCCACAUCAAGUGAAUCCUGACCACUUAGAUCGUAUGUGGAUUUGUCUAAAGAUCUUGGCUGAUCGUCGUCCUGAAGUCUUAGAGGCUUUCGAACAUACAUCUCGUGGCUGUCUUACUGAAAUGCUUGCAUACCAAGAGUCGGAACGUAAAAACAAUGCUAAAGCUCGUAAUCAAGGCUUAAUUGAGCAUCAAAAACAAUUGGCUGAGUUGAAUCGUGCGGACGCGCCGAUCAAAUUCUCUCUACUUACUGGCCAAACUGAGUUCGGUGACACAGUAGAUCGUUUUGACUUAACACUUAGUCAAGCGCUGGGUGCAGGUGGAAAAGGCAGUGCUGGUGAUGCUUAUGCUACAUCUAAACUCAGUAAGGUUCACCAAUUAACUGGCUUUUCUGAUCCUGUAUACGCAGAAGCGUAUGUUCAUGUGAAUCAAUUCGAUAUUUUGUUAGAUGUAUUAGUUGUUAAUCAAACUAAAGAUACACUGCAAAAUUUAACAUUAGAACUGUCUACAUUAGGCGAUUUACGUCUGGUUGAAAAACCCAGUCCAUUAACAAUUGCACCACAAGAUUUUGCUAAUAUCAAAGCAAAUAUUAAGGUUUCUUCCACAGAAAAUGGUAUCAUCUUUGGAAAUAUAUCCUACGAUGUUCGGGGAUCAUCUGGCGAAACAACUUGCAUUGUGUUAAAUGAUAUUCAUAUUGACAUUAUGGAGUACAUUAUGCCAGCCACUUGUACACCAAGUGAAUUUCGUCAAAUGUGGUCUGAAUUUGAAUGGGAGAAUAAGGUUACUGUGAAUACACAAAUCAAAGAUCUGUUCACCUAUUUGUCUCAAAUUACAAGCCAUACGAAUUUACGUUGCCUAACACCUACCGAGGCUCUUUCGGGUGAUUGUGAUUAUCUUUGCGUAACGCUUUAUGCCAAGACAAUAUUUGGCGAACAUGUUUUAGCUAAUUUAUGUUUGGAAAAAGCGGAAGCUGAUCAACCUGUAACUGGUCAUGUACGAAUUCGAGCUAAAACACAGGGUAUGGCUGUUACAAUGGGAGAAAGAGUUAGCAGCUGUCAAAAGAACUGGCCAGUUAAUAAUUCCCGAACCCCGAGCGACAACACUACAAAACAUCAAGAUGAUGAGAAUUCUGAUGAAAAUGUAAUACGUUCUCAUUCACCAGUUAACAAUACAUUGGUGAAUAGUCACUAAUUUACUUGCUUUAAAAAUUUUUUUCAUUCUUUUGUCUACAGGGAACUCAGUUUAUUUCUCCCUGUAUUCGCUUAUUCCUACUCAAAUUGUUUUUUUGUAAGCUGAACUGGAUGAAAUCUUUUAAUAAUCUGCAUUACUUUUUACUCAUGAGUGUUCUAAGCACUACGUCUUUGUAAUAGUUACUACUCUGUUUUGGUUCUUUUAUUCACUCCCCUUUUUUUGUAACUUAGUCUAAUAUAAAUCUUUUUUUCUGAGAUUGCUUUAAUUCCCCUAAAUUCUGUGCUGAAUUUCUACGCCAAAUUCAGUUGAAAGGAUUAAGCUUAAGUUAUUUGUGACGUUUUCAGUCUGAUAUGUUCAGUUAAGUUAAAUAUUACAGGAAAUUUCUGUUUUGCUCUCAGUUAAAAUAAAAAAUGGUUUAAAAUAAUCCACUCGAUUAACUUACA